AUGGCGAGUGAAGACGGCUGGUCGUGCGACGCCAACGAUGCGCUCCACAUCACGGUCGUGCAGCCGGGCGAUGCGAAACCGAAAACGCUGUCAACCUUCCACCCUCAAUUCACUUAUCCCAUCUUUGGUGAUGAUGAGCAAAUAUUUGGAUACAAGGACCUGAUCAUCCGAUUGCGCUUCGCCGCCCACGAUCUCCGCCCCCAUGUCCACAUUUCUUACGAGGAUCGAUUCAAGGCGGUCGAUGACACUGCUGCGGUGGAUCUUCUCGGUGCCCUGAAGGAUUUCGUUCCACAAGAGGCAUUCGUCAACCUUGCCGAUUACGAAAAAGCUGUCCAGGACGACCCCAGUGCCAAGGAAUUUAUGCCACCGGGCAAGCUGGUUUUUGACUACGAAGUCGAAGGAAGAAAAUAUGAGAUCUGGGCUGGAUCGCUUGCGGAUCCGAAAGUGCGCCUUCUGCUGGACCGUAUGCAGGUCCUUGUUUCCCUCUUCAUCGAAGCUGGAACUCCCAUAGCGACAGAUGAUCCUGAAUGGUCUCUUGAGCGGUGGACCGUCUUCUUCGUAUACGAGAAGGUGGAACCUCCGACCCCGACUGCAUCGUCCUAUUCAAUCGUUGGAUACGCCACAGCCUACCGGUACUGGAUGUACCAGAGGGAUCGCACCGAGACGCCUGCCGUUAAAGACGAUGCGUUCCCGCCUCCCGAGGUCAAGGUUUCUGAGCUCCCGUCACGCCUUCGCAUCGCACAGUUCCUUAUCCUUCCCUCACAUCACCGCUCGGGCCACGGCACUCACCUCUAUACAACAAUCCAUGCCUCAUGCAUCGCCGACCCGACCAUUGUGGAGCUGACGGUCGAAGACCCUAAUGAGAGCUUCGAUGCUCUUCGAGACACAGCCGAUUACUGUCUCCUGCGCCCCGAGUUCCUCAAACACAACGUGGGCCUCAAUCCCGACCCCCUUGGAGCCUAUUCUCAGAAAAGGCGGCCCCGUUCCGUUCCUACUGGUGCUUUGAUUCCCACCAAGCUUCUUUUCGACAUUCGCACCUCUUUCAAGAUCGAGGCCACGCAGUUCGCCCACAUCUUGGAGAUGUACCUCCUGGGCACCAUUCCCAAGAGCCACCGUCAGGCGGGAGGUACAAACCUCGCACGGCUAUUGAUCAAGAAGUAUAAAGCAGAGGACGAGAAUGACCGACGAUACUACUGGUGGCGCAUGCUCACCAAGCAACGACUGUAUAAGAAGCACAAGGAAUUACUGAAUGAACUGGAACUAAUGGAUCGGGUGGAGAAACUGGAUGAUACUGUUCAGAACGUGGAAGAGGGCUACGAGAUUACACUGGGGGCGCUUGAGGGCCGUCUGCCCGAGCCGGAGGAUGAGGCUCCCUCGACUUCGAGUCGUCGCGAAAAGCGCAAGCUUACCAUCGAGGACGAUGAGGAUGAGGAAGAAAAUGGAGCUGAGGCAGCCAAGCGCCCGAAGGUCUAG